AUGAACGCCAAUGCCAAGAUCCUUUUGGCCUUUCUUCUUGGUUCCCUUGGAGGCUUCGUCCUUGCUCCCUUUGCCUUCAAAUCUAAUUCCACGGGUUUUGUCGGUGAGCUCUCCUUGGAGGCUGCUGCCAUUGACAGUUCCAGCUCUGAUUUCGAUUCGCUUGCGGAAAAGACCGCCCAACUUGCCACCAAAACCAACCAGCUUGCCACCAAGACCAACCAACUUGCCACCAAAACCAACCAAGUGACGAGUCUGUCCAACCAACUUGCCACCAAGACUAGCCAACUUGCUACAAAGAUCAACCAAGUGACGAGUCUGACCAACCAACUUGCCACCAAGACCAGUCAGCUUGCUACAAAGACGGCUGAUCUAGCCAAACUGACAGCAGACCAUGCGGAACUUGCCGCCAAGUGGGCCAACCUUCCCAACUUGCUCCAGAACAGAGUGGUGAAUCCAAUUGUCGGAUCUGUUUCAGCUGCAACAUCCAAGAUCACCGAGAUUGAGUCCUUUGCCGAUGGUGUGGCGGACGAUAUUGUGGAGUUCAUCAAGGAUCUUAAUUUCAUUCCGGCCAGUGGUGCUCAGCUGGCUGGCAAGAUUUCCGAAGCCCUUGCAGAGCCCUUUAAAGAGCCACUCUGUGUUCCCUGGACAUGUCUUGCAGAGAAAUUUGGUUUGCAGCUGGAGGAUAUCGUGUUGUACUCCACCCCCAAGGUCAGCAUUGGCACAGACUUGUACCCUAGUACUUGUAUCCAGUUUGGAGCAUUCAAGUUAAAAGCGGCUGGUCUUGACAAGUUGCUGAGUCAUGUCCGCGAUCUUGCUUUGGAUAUCUACAAACAAGUUCACGGGGAGGUGAAAGAGGAGAUCACAAAGGCAAUGAAUGCCAUCAAGGACAAGGUGAACUAUGUUUCCGACAAACUCCAAUCCAUUGAUGUGGUUGCCAAGGGUGCCAAGAACUUGCUUGGGCUCAAUGACAGGCGACGCAUGCUGGAAGCCACGUUUGAGGAUGGGCAUCAAGCGUAUAUUGAUCACGUCAUUGAAACAGCCCAUGUCAAGGGGGCAGCCCGUUUUGAAGAGCUGUAUGCCCAAAGGGUGCAAGAAAUGUUCCAUGAGAGAAAGUUGGGAGAGAAGGGGUCCGAUUUUAUUGAUUUUGACUCCUUGGAGCUCAUUUUCACGCAAGACUUCAACCAGACGUUCUCUUUGGAUUCCUCCGACAGAACUGGCUUUGCGGACAGCAUCUUUGAUGAAGCCCUGGAGCACUUUCAAAUCAUCCCUGUCCCCCCUUUUCAAGGCGCCGUCAAUAUCGUGCUGACGGGAUCUCUCAAGGCGGCAAUGCCCUAUGCCAUGGCCAUUGAAGGAGCCGCCAAGGCAUCGUUUGGGUAUGGCAUUGGAGAGACACAGGUGAUCUUGGACUUGGCCAAGGGAACAGUGAAAACGAAACGAAACGAUUUCUACACGGACAUUGAUAUUGACGCUUCUGUGGGACUGUCUGGUUACAUGGCAUUGAAUUUUGCCGCAUCCACCAGCGUGGCUCUUUGUAUGGGCCAAACUCAAAAUGCCUGUGUCACCGUCUCUGUGGAUGCCCACCAAGAGGCUGCGGCAGGCUUCGACGCCGUGGCAGGACUGAGCUACGGCGACUACUUGACCAAGUCUUUGACGACCAUGUACACGGACGAAUUGGAUUAUCAGAAGCAGCCCCGUUGCAAUGACCGAUUGUCGGUUGGUGUUGGGUACUGGCAGUACGUCAAGGCACCUUACGUGACAGUCGCCAUUACGGGUCCCACUUGCUGCAAGGAACGCAGUGAUGUCCUUUACGAAUACCAGGGCGACAUUUUGCAGCGCACCAUUCACAGCCACUGCCUUGGCACGGACUACAAAUAA